UCGUGGCUGUAAGGCAUUCAAGCAACUGGGGCCGUCAUUUGAGGAUUUGGAAUUGAUGUCAGAGAGAGGUCGAGGUGAUCGAAGAGGCGGGAUGAGCCGCGGAGGGAGAGGAGGAGCGGUUCGAGGUAACAGAGGGGGGAUGGGUGGCCGAGGGGGCAGAGGGGGAGGAGGAGACAGAAGGAAGGGCCGAGAAGGAAACAACAAUCGUCAAGCUAAGAAGAAAGGUGGAUCUAAGGUAAUUAUCGAAGCGCAUCGUCACCGCGGCGUGUUUAUUGCGAGAGGAAAAGAGGACAUGUUGGUUACACUGAACAUGGUGGUGGGAAAUACGGUAUAUGGAGAGAAGAAGGUGGUUGUAGAAGGAAGUAGUCCGGAGGAGAAGAAGGAGUACCGUCAGUGGAAUCCGUUUCGUUCUAAAUUAGCGGCAUGUAUUUUACGUGGGAUUAGAGAUAUUUACAUGGGUCCUGGUUCCAAGGUUCUAUAUUUAGGGGCGGCGUCAGGCACGACUGUUUCUCACGUUUCGGACAUCGUUGGUCCGACAGGGGCAGUUUAUGCGGUGGAAAUGGCGCACAGGCCAGGGAGGGAGUUGAUAGAGGUGGCGAAGAUUCGCACGAACAUUGUUCCGAUUAUCGAGGAUGCGCGGUACCCCGCCAAAUAUCGUAUGAUUGUUCCGAUGGUGGACGUGUUGUUUGCGGACGUUGCUCAACGUGCACAGGCGCAAAUUUUUUCAAUUAACGCGUCUAACUUUCUCAAGAAUGACGGGCACUUCGUAAUUUCCAUCAAGGCGAGUUGCAUCGACUCGACGGUCGCUCCUAGCACCGUUUUCAGCAAGGUUCGUGACGAGCUGAUCGAAAAUCAGUUCAAGCCGAUUGAGCAGAUAUCUCUCGAGCCCUACGAACGCGACCAUGCGGUUGUCACUGGGGUCUAUCGCCCCAGCAAGAAGGAAAAGGCACCAGAGUGACGGCGCCCCGAGGCGGCCCCCCGGAGGCGCCCAAUCGUAUAUCGGACCCAGGUAGUCCAGACGAAGCGGUUCUCGAAAGGCGACAAUUUUCUUGCAGGAGAAAUGUAAAACGAUUCGUACCUCUCACGCGCAACGGGGCCUCUUUUUUUUUUUUUGCGUGCAGGGACUUGUUGGCGCGGCAUGCCAGCGACACACAAGGGCGGUCGUGUGUGCGGGGAGUUCAUUGGCGCGGCUUGCCGACGACACACAAGGGGGUGGUCGUGUGCGCGAGGAGUUCGCUGGCGCGGCCUGUCAGAGCGGUACACAAGGGCGGUCGUGUGUGCGGGGAGUUUAUUGGCGCGGCUUGCCAACGGUGCACAGGGGCGGUCGUGUGCGCGGGGAAGUCGUUGGCGCGGCCCGUUAGAGCGGCACACAAGGGCGGUCGUGUGUGCGGGGGGUUUAUUGGCGCGGCUCGCCAACGAUACGCAGGGCCGGUUGCGUGCGCAGGGAGCUUGUUGGCGCGGCCCGUCAGAGCGAUACACAAGGCCGGCCGUGUGUGCGGCGCUACGGCGAUCUA